AUGGAUCGCUUACUUCGUCUUGGAGGCGGUAUGGCUGGUUUGUCUCAAGCACCGCCUCCAACAGAUGCUCCCGUUGUGGACACCGCGGAACAGGUGUACAUUUCUUCGUUAGCACUGCUCAAAAUGCUUAAACAUGGCAGAGCUGGUGUUCCCAUGGAAGUUAUGGGCCUCAUGCUUGGUGAAUUCGUGGAUGACUACACUGUACGUGUAAUAGACGUUUUUGCGAUGCCUCAGACGGGAACUGGUGUGUCGGUUGAGGCAGUUGAUCCAGUAUUCCAAGCUAAAAUGUUGGAUAUGUUAAAACAAACAGGACGACCGGAGAUGGUUGUUGGAUGGUACCACUCCCACCCCGGGUUUGGCUGUUGGUUAUCUGGAGUAGACAUAAACACGCAACAGUCCUUUGAAGCUUUGUCUGAAAGAGCUGUAGCUGUUGUUGUGGAUCCAAUCCAAUCUGUCAAAGGAAAAGUGGUGAUUGAUGCAUUCCGUCUUAUUAAUCCCAACAUGAUGGUUCUCGGGCAGGAGCCUAGGCAGACCACCUCCAAUCUCGGUCACUUACAAAAGCCCUCUGUCCAAGCUCUGAUACAUGGUCUUAACAGACAUUAUUACUCAAUCAGCAUAAACUACAGAAAGAAUGAGCUGGAACAAAAAAUGCUUCUAAACCUUCAUAAAAAGUCAUGGAUGGAUGGUCUCACCCUCUCCGAUUACAAAGAACAUUGCAAAAUUAAUGAAACAACAGUGACAGACAUGUUGGAACUUGCUAAAAAUUACAACAAAGCCCUCGAAGAUGAAGAGAAGAUGACACCAGAACAGCUAGCCAUUAAGAAUGUUGGCAAGCAAGAUCCUAAGAGACAUUUAGAAGAGAAAGUUGAUAUUUUAAUGGCAAACAACAUAGUUCAAUGCUUAGGCGCUAUGCUCGAUACAAUGGUGUUUAAAUGA